CGCUGCCGUCGUUUUACGUUAUCCAGGGGGACCGCUGGCCUGUUUCCGGUCAGCCAGACUGCCUUAAUAUAACAGUGCCUCGUCUUCGCUUUCCAGAGCAGUACGACAUCAGCCUGCGCAUCCCGGGCCGCCCAGAGAGUAAGAACCAUGUCUUCUGAUGCUGAAUCCGAUGCACUGACUAAAGAGGAAUCUGAACUAGUUGAAGAGACCACUGAAGAAAAAAUGGCUGAAGAUGCAGCAAAUGGAAAAGAAGAAGAGGAGAAUGAAGGGGACGAAGAAGAGGAAGAUGAGGAGGAAGAGGAAGAUGAUGAUGAUAAAAAGGAGAAAAAUUUAAUUGUAGAAGGUAAAAGGGAGAAGAAAAAGGUGGAAAGAUUAACCCUCGAGAUGAGCGUAUCUAAAAAGGAGCUUGUUCUGACUGAAGGAAAGGGACAGAAGUUAUAUGACAUUGAACGUGUGCAGUACUUCCUGAAAAAAAAGAAGUGUGAAGAACUACGACCUUUACACAGACUGCUUUUUAAUCGUCUGGGCUUGAUUAAUUUAGUGAAGAAAAAUAUUGGUCAGUUCAAUGGGUUCCCUUUUGAGAAAGAAAGUGAGCAAUACAAAAAGAAGGAAGAUAUGCUCAAAAAAUGGAAAAAGAUUGAUCUUAAGAAUACCUGUGGUGUACUUGAUCUUGAAAAAUCUGGUUCCAACAAUGAGCUGAUCACAAAAAUUAUGAAUUUCCUCAUGGAGCCAAAGUCUACAGGAAAACCUUUACCAAAAAUCAAAGGUAAGUCUCCCAAAGCCAGUAAAAAAGACAGAAGCAGUUCAGGAUCUGCACGGAAAUCCAAGAGCAACAAAUCGAGUGUUAUCCUCUCUGAUGAAUCAAGCAGUGAAGAUGAGAAAAAAGACAAGGAGGAAUCUUCAGAGGAAGAAAAAGAAAGCGAUGAAGAAGAAGAGCCACCGAAGAAAAUUGCAAAAAAGGCAAAAUCAACACCUAAAGCAACACCUAAAGGAAAAAAAGCAGCAAAAUCAGCAAAUGUCAAAAAAGCUGACAGUAGUACUCCUAAUAAGAAAAAUCAAGGAAAUGCCAAAAAAGAAAAAGCUGUACCAUCAGAGAGUGAAUCAGAUGACAGCUCUGAUGAUGAACCCUUGAUCAAAAAAGUGAAGAAGCCACCUACAGACGAAGAGCUAAGAGAGACCGUGAAGAAGCUGUUAGCAGCAGCAAAUCUGGAAGAAGUGACAAUGAAACAAAUCUGCAAGAAGGUGAAUGAGAGCUACCCCAACUUUGACCUGUUUGCCAGGAAAAAAUUCAUCAAAUCCACAGUUAAAGAAUUAAUUUCAUGAUUCCAGUUUUAACCGUGGACAAAAAAGGAAUUGUUGGAAUAUGUUUCUAUAGAUCACAAGCUCUGAGAAUUACACCAGCAAAAUGUAUUUGUUUUUACCACUUCGGGUACAAAUAUUUUUUUUAAGCAGGAUUGCUUUAUCUCUGUUUGCUUAUGUAAAUUGCUUUAUUAAAAAUGCCUUUUUUUACAGUGAUUUCAGACGGUGUUCUUAGCCCCUCAUUUUCUCCAUGUUGGUUUCUUGUUCCCAGUUGUAAUAUAUUUCCUGUUAGACCUUUUAAGGUUGUGGAAAAAGUCAGAUUUUUUUCUGGUUUAUUCCAAUAAGAGAUAAUUUAUCGUUUCGAAAAAAAGCCAGUAUAGUCAGUGCAGAAUUAGGCAAGGCAAUGUGAUUUAUAAAAAUAUACAUAGAUACUGUAUUUUAUUAUUGUAUCUUACCAUACAUGGAUAAAAUUGAAGGCCAGCGUCCAUGCCAAUAUUUUAUUUUAUUGUAAUAUUUCAUUAUUGGGAACUGCAUUAUAAUUGACUGUCCAUGCUUUCACAUGCCUGCCUAAAUGCUAUUACAGUACUCUUGUUUAAAUCUUGGGAUUUUUAAUAGGAAUGCAUAUAUUUGAAUUUAUCCUUUGCCCGACACAGACUGCAUAGGAUUUUGAUGGACAUACUGCAUGUAGAUGUUGCUACUAUUUUUGCAUUUUUAUAUAUAUAUUAAAAUGUUACAAGUG